AUGCCCAACGCCUCUUCCUGGAGUGCUAGCUCACCUCUGCUGCUGCUCUGGGAGGACUCCUCCGGGACCCGCAUCUUCCUGUCACUGCUCUAUGCAGUCUUAGCUAUCUCAGGGACUUUAUCCAAUGUGAUGGUCAUCUAUUUAGUCUUCUCCUUCAAGAAGCUGCAGACAACCAGCAAUGCCUUCAUUGUGAACGGCUGUGCAGCAGACCUCAGUGUGUGCGCCCUGUGGAUGCCCCAGGAGGCUGUGCUGGGGCUGCUGCCUCCCAACUCCUCCUCCCUUCGCUCGGCAGAGUAUCGGCUGCUCCGAGGGGGGCUCCUCGGCCUCGGCCUCACCGUCUCCCUGGCCUCUCACCUGCUGGUGGCCUUCAACAGGUACGUGCUCAUCACCAAGCUGCCCAGCGUGUACCAGGCCCUCUACCAGCGGAGGCACACGGGCUGCAUGAUCGGGCUCUCCUGGGCCCUCGCCCUGCUCCUGGUCCCGCUGCUGCCCGGGCUCUGGACUCCGGGCUCUGCCCAGCAGCCGCCCCCGCGGCAGACGGACGGCAGCUCUCGCUACACCGCUCUGCUCCUCGCCCUGGCCGUGCUGGGCCAGACCGCGCUGCUGCUCCACUGCUACCUCGGCAUCGUGCGGCGGGUGCGGGGCAGCGCCAAGCGGGUCAGCGUCCUCAACUUCCACCUCCUUCACCAGCUGCCCUUCCCCGCCGCCCCGCCGCCGCCCCGCCGCGCACAGCGCCGCCUCAGCAGCGUCUCCGUCCUGCUGCUUUGCUGCGUCUUCCUCCUGGGCACCCAGCCCCUGGUGUGGGUGAGCCUCCUGGGCUUCUUCCUGCGGCCGGCGCCGCCGGCGCUGCAGGCCGCCAGCUGGCUGCUGCUCUGCUCCCUCUCGGCCCUCAACCCCCUGCUCUACACGUGGCGCAGCGAGGAGUUCCGCCGGGCGGCCCGCUCCGUCCUGCCCCGCGGCGAGGGCCCCGCCGCCGCCCCGCGUCCCGCCGCUGCCGCCGGCCCCGCCACCGCCCCGCCCUGCCCGCAGCUGCCGCGGCGCCGGGGGACGGCGGGCAGCGCCGCCGCCGCGCCGCGCUGA